GUAUGUACAUUCUCCUUUGCGUUGCAAACUGGAAAUAGCCACAUCAAGUGCGCAGGAGCCACCGUGCUGCCCGUACUACGAGACGAAGAGAAGACCGAUCAAAAACGAUUGCAUCACUCUGCCCUUUGUUUCUUCCUAUUGGAUGUAAAGCUUCAGCCACCCGUGGCAUUCUUUCAUGGAUUAUUUUGUCUGCCGAGUCGAGCAUCUCAUCAAAUAGUGUCUUUUACUUGUACAGAGGCUAAUGGACAGCACGGGGGGCGGGGGCGGUUCGGCGUGCGCGUCACCGAAGGUAAGCAACAACAACAGCGCCUUCGAUGCUCUCACGCUGCAAACCAUUCAGGACCAGCAGCACAUCAUCGAACGGCAGAGAGAAUUGGUCGCCACGUUGAAGACGCGCGUAGAGGAAUUGGAGGCCCACCAGCUGCGCCACUCCAAUGCAACGGCGAUAGCCACUACGCAUCACGGUGUCGGCAGCAGCGGCUCGUACGCAGCGGAAGCACGACUGCAACGCCGCAUCCAAUCUAUCGAGGCGGAGAACGCAGCACUGAAGGAAUGCGCGGCGGGGCUGCGAGAUGACUUGGUAGUCGCGGCGGAGCAUCUCCAGACUCAGCAGCUCGCAAAGGAAAGGGAAGAGGCGGCUUGGAAAGAAAAAGUGGACGCGGCGGAGGCGAAAGCCGCAGCCACCUCGCAGCUUUUAGACGCGAUGGACAGACGGACGACGAAGCUCUCCGAUCAGGUUCAGAAGCUGCGCAAGGAGGCCGACGUCCGCGUGUACGAGGUCGUGCAAUGGCGCUCGCUGGCGACCACCAUACUGCAACACCUCGACAAGGUGCAGAGCCGCUACGCCAGGGAGCAGGUCAUCUCUGUUGAGGACAGUGUUCGACGCUACGCCGCACGUCAAGCACCAGCACUCAGUGUUUCUGCAGCGGCAUCUUCACCCAGCCGGAGAGAAGGAGAGGCGGAAGAGCAAGCGAUGGAGGCGAACCGCCACAUGUGGAGUCGCAAAGCGCAGGCACAACAGCCUUUGAAGGUCAGCAGUGCGAAACCUAGAACUGAAAACUCUACCGGUCCCAUGUAG